GCUCGGUGUAAAUCUGUUAAGAGAGAGUGCUGUGAUUUAAUGUGACACAAAGGACGAAUCGAGGCGAGGAGGAGCCGUUUCCAAAACCACUAACAUCUCGUGAAUUCUUAAGCCUCUCUUGCUUUAAUAUAAUCAGAGAGGGCUGCUUUCACUCUUAUGCUUUUUACGUGCUGCUAACAGCUUUAAUUUAUUCAACUCUUGAUUCUGCAUAAUACUGGUCCUUUAUAUCUUCAGAAUCGCUCAAUGGUAGGCUAUAGUAGCACAGUAGGUUUCGUAAGUUAAAUCCAGGCGGAGAAAGUGACGCCUGUGCGGGACAGCGCGCGCCUCAUCACGCGAGAGCACAGCAGCAGCCUCACUGCAGCGGGACAGGUGCAUCCUCGCGCAAUCCAUCACACACGCCGAAACCGAGCCUGAGUGUGGAUGUACAUACAGUGACAGACAUGUGUGCGUGCUGGAAGCGUGUUUGAGCGGGGGACACUAACAUCAGCUGUGUUUUCUUCAUGAGGUGUGCAGUCAUGGUUCUCAAAGGGCUGAUCUUCUUGUUGCUGUUGGUACAGUUCUCUGCAGAAGAAGGAGGCAAACCCAAGAAGGGGAAAAAGGGCAAGCAAGUCAUCUGUCCCUCUCAGUUAUCAGCAGAAGACUUGGACAGAGUCCCAGCCAACUCAACCAGCAACAUACUGAACCGCUUGUUGAUGACCUAUGAUUCACGAAUACGACCAAACUUCAAAGGUAUCCCAGUGGAAGAUAAGGUGAAUAUCUUCAUCAACAGCUUUGGAUCAAUCCAGGAGACCACAAUGGAUUACCGUGUUAAUAUAUUCCUGCGCCAGCGCUGGAAUGACCCACGGCUACGGUUGCCAGCUGAUUUUAAGUCGGAUGCAUUGACCGUUGAUCCAAAAAUGUUCCAGUGUCUGUGGAAACCAGAUCUGUUUUUCGCCAAUGAAAAAAAUGCUAAUUUUCACGACGUUACACAGGAAAACAUACUCCUGUUCAUUUUCCGCAAUGGAGAUGUCCUCAUCAGCAUGAGGUUGUCUGUCACUCUUUCUUGCCCUCUGGAUCUAACACUGUUUCCUAUGGACACCCAGCUCUGCAAGAUGCAGUUAGAGAGCUUUGGCUAUACCACAAAGGAUCUGGUGUUUAUGUGGCAGUCUGGAGACCCUGUUCAGAUGGACGAGAUUGCUUUGCCACAGUUUGAUGUAAAGCAAGAGGACAUUAAGUAUGGAAAUUGCACAAAGUUCUACCAGGGAACAGGUUAUUAUACUUGUGUGGAAGUCAUCUUCACUCUCAGGAGGCAGGUGGGCUUUUAUAUGAUGGGUGUUUAUGCUCCCACCCUGCUCCUUGUCGUCCUAUCAUGGCUGUCCUUCUGGAUCAACCCAGACGCCAGUGCAGCUCGAGUCCCCUUAGGUAUUCUGUCUGUUCUGUCACUGUCAUCCGAGUCUAUGUCUCUAGCAUCUGAGCUUCCUAAGGUCUCCUAUGUGAAAGCCAUUGAUAUCUGGAUGAUUGCCUGUUUGCUGUAUGGUUUUGCCUCUCUUGUGGAGUACGCUGUGGUUCAGGUGAUGCUGAACAGUCCCAAGCGCAUUGAGGCAGAGAAGAUAAAGAUGGCUGAGAAAGAAAAAGCAAGAGAAAAAGAGAACAAGACACCAGCUAAAACUAAUAGUGCCAAUGGCACUGGUGGGACACCUAUACAUGUCAGCACACUACAGGUUGUGGAAAACCGCUGUAAGAAGGUGUGUACUUCAAAAUCUGAUCUGCGCUCAAAUGAUUUCAGUAUUGUCGGUUCUCUCCCACGAGAUUUCGAACUCUCAAACUUCGACUGUUACGGCAAGCCCAUUGAGGUCACAGAUGCUGCCGGCAAAUCACAGAACAUGAACAACAAGAAGCCGUCACCUCCGAAACCCGUCAUCCCGUCUGCUGCUAAACAGAUUGAUCUCUAUGCUCGAGCUCUGUUCCCUUUCACCUUUCUUUUCUUCAAUGUUAUUUACUGGUCUGUCUACCUGUGACCAUGACAGUGAAUAUGUAUGUGUGUGUGUGUGUGUGUGUGUGCGCUUUUAUGUUGAUGAGGGUGAUAAUCAAGCAUGAACAAAGUGUCGAAAUGUUCAUUAUUUUCAUUCUUUAAUGCUGCAAUCCGUAAGUUUUGCCUCUUUGUUGCCAUCUCUGUUUAAAAACCUGGAAUUGCAGCUGCUUGCGGAAUUAUCUUCCUUGAGUGGGGUUGUGCAUCGGCACGGCUCCAGCACAGAUGAAUCUAAUGUUUUGAGGUGAAUGUGUGGCAGUCAGUCACUGCACCGGAGUGGAUAUUAACUGUACUUCACAAUCAUAGAUUCUAGCCUACGUCUUGACCCAAAUAAGAAUUUUCACCAUAUAUUGCCAUCUGAACAAGUAAAUAACAAGUCUGCCAUAUUUGUCCUGACCAACUGAGGAAAAAAGCCUUACAAUAAAUCGCGCUACCAAUGGUGAUUAAAUCUAAUGAUCGGUUAGCUCAUAUCACAUCAAACCGUGCAAAUUAUUAUUAUUGUCAUACUUUAUUCUCAAAUUAUUAAUGUUAACAACAUCAGCAUUACGUGACUAUGAGUAUAAUGUGUAUUACCGUGUAGAUUUCAAUUUCUGUACAGUCUAAUAUCUAAUCAUCAUGCCAUUUGAAUUUCAUAUUAAGAAAUUCUUUUAACCCUAAAAGCAAAUUAUUCUUCCUUCGAACUGGUUUUCUUUAAAAUACAAAUCUUGUGCAAUCCCAGGCUAUCUGUAAUCAGAAGCACAUUUUAAACUGGAAUAUAAUUUAAUUUCAUUCACAUGUGUUUCAUGAACACAUAAUCCUUUCUGGAUUACAAUCCGCCAUCAAAAUGAUACAUUUAAUUAUUCUAGCUGCUGUGAGAAAAGGCUAAAAGAUCCGCCACCUGCAGGAUCCUCACAUGAGAUAGCCUAGUAGCCGGGACAACUUAUUUAUGUUUACAGACGUGACGUAAUGACGCAGUGCCAUGCUCAAAUUUCCUGCGAAAACGGGUGUACCACUCAAAUUAGAAAACAUUAUUAUAAGUAGGGAUGUCCAGAUCCGAUCAAGUGAUCGGAAAUCGGGCCCGAUCACGUGGUUUCAGACUCGAUCGGAAUCGGACGUUACCUCCCGAUCAGGACUCGAAUAUAUAUGUAUAUAUAUUCUCAUUAUUUUUUAACACAGCUAUAGUUAUGCGGUGGCACAGAGUUACGCCGGUUUCACACCGCACGCGUAAGCAGAGCAGAGGCAGCGCAGAAGCGGCGCGCAUGCAGAGCGUGAGCAGCGCGCGCCCAUUGUGCUUUCACACUGGCAGCGUUUGUUGCGCGCAGCUGAACCGCGGCUUGUGUAGCCUACCGCAAAUACAGACGAGUAUCGUUCAUUCGGUCACGCUUUUCACGUGUUCUCCAACAGCUGUCUGUCAUGUGUUUUGAUAUGGGCAGCAUGCUGUGAUGCGGCCGUGUUCCCCUCUGUCACAUAGUAUAUAACAUGCUGUACAUAUAGUUUACAUGAUAAAAAGUAAUCUUAAAGUUAAUAAAUGCCUCUAGUUUUAAUAAUUUAAACAGGUCUUUGAAGUUUGGACAAUUUCUCCUGGCAGUGAUGUGUUUUCGUGUAGUUGAUUCUGUGCUAAAUCUAAUAUUUGAUGUUUUGUAUUUUAAAUGUUGUAGAUUUAAGUAGAAAAUGAGAAUCGCUAAAAUUAUUGAAUAUAUUUUGAGACAAAGGUUUUAAGGAUUACCAGUUUGGUUUAAGAUAAUUAAAGCAACAGUUUUUCAAUAACUAGAAGAAUAUGUAAAAGUAUGGUAUUUGGGGUAAAAAGCGCCCCUGCUGUUGGGGCGAAAGGCACAAUAAUUAACAUGAUAAUUAAUAGAUGGCUGACUUUUCCAACUGUUGACAUGACAUGGUUCAUAUGGUAUCGUAUAGCCUAUGGGUGUCCACCUUAGAGAUAAUCACCAUGUUUAUAAUGAAACCAUCAUAUUUAAAAACAUGAUAUUAAUCAUAUCAUAUAAUAAAAUAAAACUUGUUGUUACUACUGUAAAUCUAUAUUAACUUAUUAUGGGAUCUCCUUCAAUGCUUUCAUGAAUCUUUACUUUUUAUUUUGUUUCUGUAUUUUAAAAUAUAUUUUUAUAUUAACAUUUUAAUGACAGUAUAUUUACUGAACAUUAUUUAUCAAAAUAAGCAGAAAAUAGCCUAGUACAAACUUUGCUGAAGUGAUUGAUCUGAACAAGUAUUAAUUUAGACAGUAUCAAUUUUUUAUUUUAUUUUUUUAGCUAAAGUAUUUAUCAAUACAGUGUGCCUUUUACCCCGUGAUUGUGAAACACUAAAUCACAUGAUUUUACGGUGAAAUGUGCCAUUUUUCAUGUUUAUCAGGUCAAUUUUGAUCAAGAAAAAUGCACUGUUGCUUUAAUUCAGCGUAAGCGGCGCAGCAAAAAUAGACUCGGCGCCGAAACUAUCGCGGCACUGGCGCUUCUGCUCUGCUCCUGCUACGCGCUGCCGCGCCGCCUCUGCGUGCGAUGUGAAUGCUCUAAUCUGUUAACAUGGGCGCCGAAAAAAAUACGCGCUGCUUACGCCCUGCUUACGUGUGCGGUGUGAAACUGGCGUUAUUCUUUUUUUUUUAUGUAUUAUAGAAGUAUCGGAUCGGGACUCGGUAUCGGUAGAUACUCAAAAUCAAAUGACUCGGACUCGGACUCGAGGGCAAAAAAAACCUGAUCGGGACAUCCCUAAUUAUAAGCUAACCGUUGUGAAUCGGGCUAAAGUAAGGUGAUUAGUUUUAAACACUGGCUGGUUAUGUACUUGCUCAAAUAUUGAUUUUGGAUCAUUUUUAACCAAAAAAAAAAAGUUACGGACUGCAGCUUUAAUGUCUGUUAUUUUGGUCUGCCAGUUAAAUAGUCCUGCUUAUUUGUAUUUCUCCUUUAUAAGUUGCUUUUUUUAAAUGUGUAGCUUUAAUACGAGCAAACUUUGCAGCAUGACUUUACAGACAGUGUGUUCAGCUAUGUUUGGCCAGAGUGCUAGAUAGUGAUUCUUUCCAUGAUGUUCCAUGCCAAAACAUCCAUAAAUGUCUAUUGUUUAUAAACUCAGGCAAAAAAUAAUAAAAAAUUGCUUAUUGGCAGUGUCAGAUCUUGACACAGACAGCAUGCAGUAUUCAUAACGGGCUUAUUGCAUAUGAGUCUGUAAUAAGAAGGGAAUUAACUGCUGUUAUCGAGCCAUACAAUAAAGAUCCUUCAUCAGCUA